CCCUUCACCACCAACACCGCACAACACAUCACAAUGGCACCAGCAGGAGGAAAAGCGAAGAAGAAGUGGUCAAAGGGCAAGGUCAAGGACAAGGCCAACCACGCCGUCAUCUUCGACAAGGCCACCACCGAUAAGCUCAACAAGGAUGUCCAGUCAUACCGCCUCAUCACCGUCGCCGUCCUCGUGGACAGAUUAAAGAUCAACGGCUCGCUCGCCCGCAAGGCCUUGAAAGAUUUGGAGGAGCGUGGUGUUAUCAAGCAGGUUGUCGGUCACAGCGCGUGCAAGAUCUACACACGCGAGAUCACUGGCGGCGACUAAGCGAUUCGGGAUUCGGAAUGCAAAAGCAGCAUCAGUGACGAUGGUAUCUAUGGCGUUAGGACAGGCUUCCUGAAAGGGACAGACACAGCAGCGGAUUAUGCGGAUUUUCCCCCACCCGUCGACAUCUUUCGACUUGGUGAGCGACCGGGCAAUGUGUGCUUGAUAGCCUCCGCCUAGACAGCAGCAACGAAACGAAGAACCUUGAUUGCCACGAUUUAACAGAUUUUUUGAUUGUAUGAAGCC